CAACAGAUGGCACUGCAAGGAUGUAAACAACCAAAUCUCUGCGAUGACUUUUGGGGCUAAGGAUUUAAAAUUUCAGGUGUUUGUUUAGCUAAAAGCGAGUCAUUGAAUUCGAUUUUGAUACUGCUGAUUUGCCAUACAAGAUGGAUAAAGCGCAUCAUUCUUCGGAUAAAACGCAUCGACUGAAGAAUGUGCAGGAAUGCACAGACACAAGUGAUUGUGUUGAACUUUCAAGAACUUCUGGUUUACAUCUGAAACCAAUUGCUAGACUCAGCAUUACUGUAACCCUACCUCAGUUAAAGUCUGGACAAUCCAUUUCCAAUUGGGAGGUAAUGGAGAAGCUACGAGCAGCCAUACUUCCAGAGGUCUUCACUGUAAUCCAGGUGACAAAGAGCACAUUGGAGUUCCUGCGUUUUGAUGCAGAAAUUGAGAAUAAGAAAAACCUUGCACAAGUCAUCAGUAAAAUAGAUCAAAAGGGAAUUAAACUGAGUGGCUUUUCAGAACUUUUGAAGAUCAGGGCUACUGAGGCAAAAGUUCCAUUUCCCUCUCGGCAUGAUUGGGACUCAUUUUUCAGGGAUGCCAAGCACAUGAAUGAAAUGAAACCGGGUGAACGACCAGAUACCGUUCAUUUUCAGGAUCUUCCUUGUCGUUGGUUUACACACGUGGGAAGGGACAAUAGGAAUGAACCAAGUAGCUAUGUCCUGAGCAAAGUAAUGGCCUCUUUUGGGGAAGUACGUGCAGUUGACAUACCAAUUUGCGAUCCUUACCGUAAGAAGAUGUCAUCCUCCAUUAAUGGAAUCAAAACGUUUAGUUUUGGUCAAGAUCUAGUGUUUGAAGCUUAUGUACAAUUCAAAGAGUACAUAGGAUUUGCAAAAUGCAUGCAUGCAUUGCAAGGCAAGAAAUUAGUGUUUGUUGAAAAUGACAAAGCAUAUAGUGCUAACAUUAAGGUGGACUUUGACCGAACAAAACAUCUGUCUGAGUAUUCCAUCAGAAAGCGUCAAGCAGAAAGGGAUAAAUUGCAGUCAGCCGAAAGAGAGCAGGAAGAGAAAGUACGCAAGAAGCUAGAGCUGGAAGAAAUGAAACGGGAGGCUGAAAGGCUUCGUAUGGAGGAAGAACAGCGUUUGAAAGAAGAACGCAAAGAAGCAAAAAGAAGAGAAAAAGAAAGUAGAAGGAAGGCCAGGGAAGAGAAAAGACGUGCCCUACGAAUGGAGAAAGCAGAGGAAAAACUAAGAAGAGAGCAAGAAGAGGAAGAAGCAAGGAUUGCAAAAAAGAUUGCCCUUGAAGAACGUAAACUCCUCAUUGCUCAACGUAUGGAGAGCAUUCGACUCUUAGAUGAGAUUUUUGAGCGUAUGAAAGUGGAAAGACAGAAAAAAGUUGCACAUCAGCGUGAAGUUGAGCUUUUUGAACAUGUCGACAAAGAAAACACAAAGAAAAUGAAAGAGUUAAAAAAGAAAGAGAUGAAAGAAAAGAAGAUGCAAGAGAAAUUGGCAUUAAAAGAGCGCCAGUUAAGGGAUAAAUUAGUUAAGUCUUACAAAUCAAAGGAAGAGGACCGCAUGGAACAGCAGAGGGAGAAAGUCCGAAAAGCUGUUCAGGGGCAAGUCCGCAUGCAGAGUGGGAUUUCCAUAAGAUCUCUCUCCUCAAUUUCAAGUGCCACAUCUGUCAGUGGUUCUGAUCUGAGCUCAGACACAGACUCAGAUUCUUCUUCAUCUCUGACGCAAUCACCAGAUGCAAAAUUAACUUUAGGUCGCAUGCGCAUGGAUCAUAUGGAUGAAGAAGAAUUGAAUGAUGCAAGUCAUCAGGCUCAGCCUCCUGAGGGGCUUAAAAAUUUCCUGCCUUACUUUGAGAAAUAUGGUUAUCAAGAAGGUCUCGGUUACUCAGAAGAUUGGAAUUACAAUGAAUUUUAUGAGAGAGGUAGAGGUAGAGGCAGGGGAAGAUGGAGGUUUCCAAGAGGGCCUUGGCGAGGCCGUGGAUUCAGAGAUCGAGGCAGAGGGUUUAGGGAUAGAGGCAGAGGUUACCGUGGUUCUUGGCAAGGCAGUGGCUAUGGCUAUGAUGAAACUAAGAAACCUCUAGAAACCUUCAAACCGAAAACAACAUGGUAUAAAAAAGGCGAAGCUGGAGACGAUUCAUCUUACUCACGGUCAAGGUCCCGAUCAAGAUCCAGGAGGUCUUUUUCAAGGUCCAGAUCUAGAUCUAGGAGAUCAGGUUCCAGGGGAAGAUCCCAGUCUAGAUCAAAAAGAACAAGGUCAAGAUCUAGAUCGAAGUCACGUUCGAAGUCUAGAAGAUCAAGAACACGUUCUCAUUCUAGAACGAAGCAUUCACGAUCAGCUUCAAGAUCAAAGUCGAAUCGAUCAAGAUCAAGGUCUAGAAAGACUCGUUCUAGAUCUAAAUCUAGUCAUGCCAAGUCACAUUCAAGAUCACGAUCUGCUUCGCAAAAACGUUCGAGAAGUAGAUCACGAAAACGUUCCAGAUCCCGGUCACGUUCUAAGUCACGCUCCAGAAGUCACAGCAGGAGUAAAAGACGAAGACAUUCCAGUAGUGAGGAGCAUUCCAGUCGUUCAGGCAGUAAGCGCAGAUACAAGCACAGAAGUGAACGCAGGGAUGAUAACAAGAAGAAUGUAGAAAACAUAAAUUAUGAAGAUUUGCGUGAGAGUGAUCUUGAGCUCUCGAGUGAUCCAGAGGAGCAGUAUUUUCAUGAUUAUUACCCAGAUGAUGAGCGUGAAGAUGACUCAUAUUCUUAUGAUUACUAUGAGAGAGGUGGCAGUUGGAGGGGACACAUGGGUUAUGGGAGAGGGUCACGUGGACGUAGGUCUCGUAGCUGGCGUGGACGAGGCCGUGGAUGGAACUACUCCAGUUAUCCUGAUUAUCAUGAGCAUGAUAAUUGGCGCAACAAUGAUUUGAGUGCUGGAGAUCAUUAUCGUGACAUGUACCAAAGGUAUUUUGAAAGUCUCACUGACAGAGAAAUGGCAGAGAAACAAAAUGAUGACAAAAAUCCUGUGGAAGAAGAAAGAUCUCAAUCUGGAUAUCAAGAUUUGAAAGAAAAAGAUAGAUACCAAUCCAGAGAAAGGGAAACAGGUCACAGGGCCUUAUCAGAGGAAAGAAAGUUUCCACCAGAGAAACCGUCACGAGACCGCAACUCUGCUGUUGAAGGAAGGCUUUAUUUUGCAAGAAAAUCAGCAGACAAACUUUCAUCAAGUGAUAGCCAGAGGGAUGAAUUAAACUCUAAAAAGCAUGACUAUGGCAAAAAUUUCUCAGAGGGUAACUCAGUAAAAGAUAAAACUCAAAUGAGAAGAAAUUAUGAAGAGCAGGAUCGCAGCCCAAGGGGCUGUUCCCAGGAGAACAAAAAACAGGAGCCCAGCAGGUUUAGAAAUCACCGUGAAAACAGAGCGGAGGAUCACAGAAGCAGAGAUAGCAAGGACCGGGGAUUUGAGGAUAUUGCUGGCAUUGAUGAAAGAUGGAAAACACAGGUUAUGAGGGCUGAUUUAGAAAGAGUAAAAGGCACCAGAAAAGAAGUGUCAGUGAAAGACAGGCUGAGCUUUGUGAAGCGCGAACCAACUGUCGUCCACUCCAAAUAUAACCCUGGUUAUGAUUAUGCCAGGAAGCCACCACGAAAAAAUCAGAACGAUGCUCGAUUCAAUAUUGAAAACAGAGGGCACAGUGAACAGAUAAAGUUAAAAGAUAGAUUAGAUUUUGAUUAUGGUAGGGAAAGACAGAAUGAAAGAGGUGGUGAAAUCCAACCAAGGCGAGAUGAUCGUGCCAGGGAAUUACGAGAAAGACGUGAUGUGAAAGUUUAUGACAGAGAUGGUCGUGAAGAAAGAACUGAGAGAAAGAGCAGACUAGAUUUUGAGAAGCGUAACUCGCGUGUCAGUUCAGAAAGUGAUAGUGAGUCACAAAAUGAGAAAGAAACUCGUAAAAAGAGAGAACACAGUGAAAGCAGUGUAAGAAAAGGGAAAGAGAGUUAUGAAAGUGAAAGAGAUACUGAUGAUGAUGAUGAUGAUGAUGAUGAAUCCCAGCAUAAAAGCCAUCAUAGAAAGCAACGAAAGAAUGGCAAGAAAAAGAGAAAUGACAGAAGUAGUGACAGAAAACGUAAACAUAAGAAAAAGAAAAAGAAGAAAGAUAGCAGGAGAGACUGAGUAGUGUUUUAAAUUUUUCUUUUCAGGUUAAAUAAAUUAAAAUAGACAGUGAUCAUUAACAAUAUAUAAAUAAAGAAAUAGUGAUCCUCAUAAAUACUGUUGAAUUUAAGUGUGAUUGUUUCUUUUUCAGAGAACUCUUUUUCUGAAAGACAGUGUGAAUAAAUAAGCCAUGUGUACUAAAUUAUAAAUGGCUCAGUAUUGAUUCCAUUUAGUUGAUGCAGUGAACUUUUUAUAUCAUUUAUCCUACACUAAUUUAUAUACAUACUUGAAAAAUAUUUACCUUUCAUUUGCUAACAAGAGAAAGAUUGACAACUCAAUAAAAAAAACUUAUGCUCUUUUUCAGGUGUUUUUAGAUUAAAAAGAGAUACAUGGUCUCAAGGAAUCCUCGUUUUUCUUCAGGUGUAAUAACAGUAAUGAUAAGUGUGAUGUGGACUGACUUUUUAAACAUCAUCAGUAAACAGUGUUGCUUCUUUCUCAGGAAAGGUCAUAUAGUGAAAACAAUACUGCAUAUGUUUUUAGAGAGACAUGAACUCUGGAUCAAAAGUGUUUAUGAUUAAGUGAAUUGAUACAAAACAAAGAGUAUGUGCUCAUACUAUCCAACUACUUGUGUACCAUUACGUAUAUACUUCUAGGUCUUAUGUUCUUGUGAAUCAUCAGCCUAUUACUUUUUACUGUGGUAUUUCAUUGGUUAUGGUGGAGAGAGAGAGAGUGUAGAGUUGCUAGAUAAGCAUGAUCAAAGUAAUAGCUUACUGAUAGGUGAAACUUCUUGUCUCACCUACUGAGUUUCUUCUUUAGACUGUCUUGAUAUCAAUUUUUUGAAGCUAUGUGUACUUUUUGGUUCAUUUAACAUAGGUUUAUAUUACAGUAUAAUUCAUUUUAAAGUUUGCUUGACCACUUCCUAUAUUGCAUCAUCAGAUGUAAUUUGUGUUUUUAAUGUUUAUAGGAAUGGAUCUUUGUUAUUGGGAAAUUUGUACUUAAUACCGAUGGUAUUUCUUGUUGGAUAUUUUGUUGAAGGUGAGAGGAAAGUUUCCUUCUUAUGAUUAAUUCCAAGCCACUGCAAUACCUAGUGAGAUCCUUUACAACAAGAAACUAGUCUUUGUUUCCAGAUGAUUCAUGCAUCCAAAUAUACAGUAAUCAAGGAUUUUAAUCAAACCUCCAGUUCAAAGAAUACUGUACUCUCAAGCAGUUUCAAAACAUUGUCUACAUUAUUGAUAAUACAGUAAUAACCGCACUGAAGAAUAGAUAUCUCGGAACUGUGUGAUUCAUGCUUUGAUCUUCGAAGUUAUGAUUUCAUUGGAUUCUUUGCAGUUCAGAAUUGAGGUUCUUGGUAGUAUACAAGAAAAUAUGGAGAAUAGGGGGACAUGACCUAUAAAAUUUUUUGUGAAGGGGUUUAUCAGCAAGUGUCAUUUUGACUGUGCCCCAAUACUCGACCGUUUUACACCAGUGCAUGGAUGUGACUUUCUAGACAUACUUUGCCUUCUUCUUUGAGACUAAUGGGACUUCAUUGACAGUUUUCCACCCUACUGUCUGCUUUCUACUUUUCCUUGCUUCAUAUGUCACCCUUCACUUAAGGAGCAUGCUAACACCGGUGCGUGUUGUCUGAUAUUCUGAUAUUAAGGUCAAAGAGUUUUUUUUUUUUCAAAUUUUCAAGUGUCGCCAUUCAACCUACGCUUAAAAGUCUCAUUAGGAAACUAAACUAUUUUCCUCUUAAGUUUAUGUAAUUUACAGUAGAAAAAACAUAUUCAUGAUUAUUAUAUAUAUUUAAUUAUGUAAAAAUAAAGUUGCAGUCCAAAAUAACUUUCCUAAUGACAUGAUUAUCUUCAAUAGGUAUACAACCUCUUGAAGUUUCAUCGAAUUUUUUAGUCAUGUCUGCGAUAUUAAUAUGUAUUUGCUUCUUUACAUUAUAAAUUUUGAGCAAAUGUGAAAGUCCUUUUAAUGCAAUUAUGUAAUAAAUAGGUAAUUCCCCUUAGUGUAAGUUAUAGUCAGUUUACAGUAAAUAAUAUUUAAUCCUUGUGAGCUACAAAUUGUCACAAAACCUUGUAUGAUCUAAUCACUUGUUGCUGUAAGUUGUAAUAUUGUCAUCUUGUUGUGAUAAUAGUAUCUAUUUACAUUUCCACAUGCGGAAAACAAAAAGGAUUAGACCAUACAAAGUUUCGUGACAAUUUGUUACUCAAUAAAAGUAGGACCAAAUUGUUGGUGAACUACUUCAGAACAGUUUUUUGAACAGUGGGGUUAUUUGAACAUUCAACUGUUAGAAAAUGUACAUAAAUAAUUUUUGACAAUUGACCGAAAGUCAGGCAUCGGUGCCCUUCACAAAGCUAUGAACAAAAUUGUUCGUAAACCUCUGAUAUAAUUUUUUGGGUAGAAGUACUGUAGGAUUUGUUUAUUUGGGCAUUAAACUGUCUAAAAAUGUCAGUAACUAAUUUUUAAUAUUUCUCCAAAUUCAACCAUGGUGAGCUUCCUAAGAAUAAAUUCAUUCAGGCAAUUGAUAUGAAACUAGGAUUGUGACAUUCUGGUCUUGUUAAACUAAAGUACUUUUUUAUAAUGAUAAUUGCUUUGUUGUAAUUACUGCCAUUAAAAGGACAACUUGUAUGAUGUAUGGCACGAUUGUGGCCUUUAUAGAAACAUUUGAUGAAUUAUCUCUGCUUGCUUGUUACUGAUUGACAAUUUGAGGUGGAGUUGACCAGGUGCUUGAAGUAUUGUAAUUGCAACAUAUUCUACAAAAAUUUUGAGCAUGUAGCACAUUUUUGAAAACAGCUCCUUGGAGUGUAUUUGUGUUUCGGGAGAGUAGAUUAAUUUCAUUACCAUCUUGCUGAAUUGAUGGGAUGCUCUUUGGCAGUACUUGUACUUAUUGGUCCUGAUCUAACAGCAAAAAUGAGUCCCUGUAGAAAUUAUAUUGUAGUUCACUGACCUUCCCAGUUCAGUCAGCGGUAUGGAAAAGGGUGCUGUUUGUCCUUACAGAACAGCAUGCACUGAGCUUUUAGAAAAGCUUUUAAGUCACAACUUGGUCACAAUUCCAGGUCCUCCAUUCAUGAUUGCUUCCAAAGCACUAGUAUUUCCAUGUGUGACUUAUUUGAUUGAUGUAUAGUGUUUCAUAAUGUAAAAUUUGUCUGCAUUUUUCUUUUUUAGUAUUUCCUCUCCACCACAUUAAUUAAAAUGAACAAGUGAUUGUUUUUAUUGUGUCAAUCUCAUAGAGGUAAUUUAGAAAUGAUACAUAACCUGGUUUUGAUAGGAAUUUAAUAAUGAAUCUAAAAACAAGAGCUCAUUUAUAAUAAAUGGCAGGUGAGUUAGCAUUUGGCAGAAACUCGGGAAAAAUGUAUAAAUUUUGAUUUUUGUUUUUUUAGGCAAUACAGGAAUUAGUAAUAUUUAGGUUAAGAAGUAAAAACUUUCCCCCCAGUCUCAAUUAUGGAUUGGCUACUGUUUUGCUGAUGCUUAUCUAGUAGCUCUGUAAUCUUUAUCUCCAUCAAGACCUACACAAAAGGAAUCGGUAAAAAUAGGUUUUCUAUAGACAUAAAGAUUUUUAAACUUAAUGAAUUGUUCAUGUUAAUAUACAAUGAAUGUGUGUGCUGUACAUUUCAUUUUAUCUGUAUAUUUAAGUAGGUGUGAAAAUUGCUGAUUUUUCUAUUACAGAAACUGAAGCAUUUUUAUUCAACAAUUACGAAUUGGGUUUGUAUCUAGUAUUCUUUUUACAGGACAUGAAUGUUGAACAUCUUCGAUGAAUAUUGUUUGUGAGCAAAUUUUUAUGUACAUAUUGUGAACAGUAUAUGUAAAUAUUUGAAUUACAAGAACAUUGAAUUACUUUGUGGUGGACUUCCUCAUAAUAAAAGUGUGAGACACGCUAAAUUUAAAAUGCAUAAAAACCUUUCAAGGACUAUUCCUGCAAAUUUUUGCACUGUGACUCAUUAUUCUUUGGUGAAAACUGUUGCUUGAAGUAUAAUAAGUUAUUUUUCUUUCAAGUACCUUAUAACAAGUCAGGAAAAGGAGUGUGGAAACUGGAAUUUUUCCUCAAAGAUAUACCAUUUGAAUGGUGUACGCAAAAUGGUGACGAGUGCUUAAAUGAAACAAAAUUAUUUAUUGCAGUUCAAGAAAGUCACAGUGUUGAGGGCGAAUAGAAGUGGUUUUAGUUUCAUCGUUUACAUCUGAAUUUUUUUGGUGUUUAGUAAAGCAUUUUGCAUAGACAUUAUCACCAAGUUGAUUGGUUACAAAUUUUUAUUCAGAGGAUGUGUCAGGACAUGAAUUUCUGUUGUAGCUUAUCAGAUUGCUUAAUUUAUCAUAACUUAUUUAUUAACACAUAACCAAUUAUUUUCAUAUUGUGUAUAGCUUCCUAUGUGUUGAAAAAUUGAUGAGUUUUAAAUUUUAUAUAUUCUUGUCAGAAUGCCUCUUGGUUAGGCUAUAUUAAAUCAUGAUUAUCUUUGCAGGAAAAAAAUUGAGUCAGUAAUGCUAUUCCAGGUGACUGAAGAGUAAUUGAUGUAUGGGGACAGAUUAUGUGCCUUGUCAUUACUUAAAGUUUCUGUGCAUACUUUUGUAUUUAUGAUACCCACAAGAGGGGUGCCUUCAUAUCAAGGUACUUAGAUCCCCCAGCAGUAAAGUGACAUUUGUAAAGAUUCUAGAGUGACUUCAGAGUAGUGGCUAUGGUAAGUAUGGAAGUGUGUUGUAUGUCCUCCAGAUUUUAUAAUUCAAAAUGCAUAGUGUGGUUCAUAACUGGUCUGGUGACUUACAGGUAAAAAAUGAUUAAAUAUACUAUAGUCUGGUCA